AUGCCGGAUGGGUACAGCUCUAAUAUUGCAAGUAGAGUGUCAUUAGAGGACAAUAAGAUUCUGAACCUAAAGUCUCAUGAUUGCCAUGUCCUAAUACAACAAUUGUUGUCAUUAGCACUACGAGGAUUGCUACCAAAGGGACCAAGGGUUGCUAUCUUUCGGUUAUGUGCUUCUCUGAAUUUGCUAUGCCAAAGGGUGAUUGAUAUAAAGAAAGUAGAACUACUAGAUAAAGAGCUUCCAGAAACUUUGUGCAUGCUGGAGAGGUUUUUUCCUCCUUCUUUCUUUGAUGUUAUGGUCCACCUAACCAUUCACCUUGCACAACAAGUUCUGAUUGUUGGUCCGGUGCAAUUUUGCUGGAUGUUCCCUUUUGAAAGAUGUAUAGCAGAGAAGUAUCUAGCUGAAGAGAUAACACGCUUUUGUGAUGGGUACAUCAAAGAAGCUGCUGAAAUAGGUGUUCAACAUAAAUGUAAUGAAUAUUGUGAAGAUGAAAUUAUAUUAGAAGGGAAGCCUAUUGGUCCGAAGAAGUUAAGACAGUUGACUCCUACUAUGUGGGAGAUUGCUCAUCGUUAUAAAACAAAAGCUCUCGACCCUCUCGACCUUCUCUCUCUCAGUCCUCUCUCAAUUCUUGAACCCUCUAGGUCCUCUCUCUUUGUCAGACCUCAGCGCCGAUGGAGGUCGCGGCAUUCGUGCUGCGCUGGUGGGACGACAUCAACGAGUCGACUCAGUGGCAAGACCGCAUCUUCUACGCUCUCUGCACAGCCGAACCCCCUCGGCUCCUCCGUCGCUCUGCGAGAGAUUAGGGUUCGAAUUGGGGCUCGCUCUUCACUUAUCCAAACCCACCUCCAAUUCAAGGCUUCUCGACCUGGUGAUAUUGAUGAGCGCGAGGUUGUUACUCCUGAUGUCAUGACCAAGUAUUUCAUAGGUGUCACACUAAAGGAAAGAUCUCCAGACGGUGUUGGGACGUUAGUUGAUGUGGGCUUGAGUAAGAAUGUCGUCGUUGUUCAAGUACUUGAUCCUGGAGCAAGAGUUACAGUGGCUAUGGGAGACAGUUGGAAUUUGGAUGCUGAUAUAUCACGGCAGGUUGUAUCAUCAUCCAAGCCAAGGGAAGAAGCAGGGAUGUAUUGGGGGUACAAAGUGCACUAUGCUUCCAAUAUCACUUCAGUAAUGAUUGAAUGUCCAUACGAGGGUGGCUAUAUCAUUUGAUUGGGACCUCAGAGCAUGGUCAGAUUAUCAAUUCCUCCGAUCUCACUAUACCCACUUUCAGGUAUCUAUUGAUUGCAUUUGGUGGACUUGCUGGGUUGGAAGAGAGCAUUGAAGAGGAUCAUAACUUAAAGGCAAAGAAUGUGAGGGAGGUGUUUGACAUAUAGCAUGAGAGCUUGAAGGAACAACAUGAGCUUCUCCAGAAAGUAGUGAAGCCUUUGACGGGUCGUUUAGAGAUCUUAGUACCCAAUGGUGGCCGUAACAGUCACCGUUCUUCAGGUAACAUUGUCUUCAUAAUUGUUUGUAUGUUUUGUUCAAUAUUCAGAAAUUGACCUUGUGUAGUCUACAUUGUGACUGAUCAGAUGAUUUUUUUGGGUUAGGUGUCUGCUUACAUAUCUAGUAUAUAUAUUUCAUUUUCUUGGUGUUCUGUCGGCCUCCCAUAUCAAGCUUCAAUUGUUGUGUUUAGGUUGGAACAAAGCAAAAAUUUAGUCUAAGAUAGGCAGUUUUAAGGAGCUCAACCCAAACUUCAAUUUUGUUCCUAUGAGUUAUAAUUAAACUUUAUUGUCCAUCAUGACGUCAAGUCGUUCGUGAUACUUCAUGAUUCCGUUGAGUACAUGUGGUGCUGACUUAAUUCUUUGAUCUAUGGACUCCCACAGACAUGAAUGAUCUUUGGAUAAACUUGUUGAUAUGUACUGUUUAGGAAUUUAGGAAAACAACUUCCUGUUGUGCAUCUAGACCAUAUUCCUUCUAUUCUGUAUAGGUAAAUUUUUGGUUUGUACUUUGUAGCAUAAAGUUUGUGACCAGAUUCUGGAAGGCAUCUGAAGAUAUUUUUAUAAUGUGUUAAGAGUUGAUGCUGCCAGGCAUUCUCUCUGUUUCUGUCUUUGUCUCUCUCUAUCUCCUGUUCUUUUUUCCUAAGAGAAGUGACUGGGUAUCAACUGUCACAACUCCCGAUUCUUUAACUUAUUUGUUGCCUUUACACUUACUUCAUAUAGUAGAAGCUCCACAUUUGUACAUGCUAUAUUCUCUAUAAUAUCUGUCUUGCCUGGGGAGAAACUUUUUAGAUAAUCAUCUUUGACCUGCAGAUAUUAACUUGUUAUUUGAUCCAACUGAGUGAAGAAAGUUCUUUUUGCAAUAGGGUGUUUCUGUAUUUGCAUUUUAGAAAUUAAAGGAUGAUCAUCUUUUCAAAGAUGUGUUGAAUACAUGAAAAUUUGGGCUGUUCUCCAACCUACCUGUGACUCUCUGAGAUUUAUUCCUCCUUUUUUAUGAUUUUUAAUGAUUGCUUGCUUUUAAACUUGAAGUCCAUUACCAUUCUGGAUUUCGGGUAAUGCUGUUCAUGUGGAAGCCUAGGAUAUUUUGCGGAUAAGGUUAUGGUUACUAUGAAACCAAUGAGGCUGUGAAUGUAGAACUUGCCAGAAAUGUUGUGCAGCUAAGUUGGAGUUUUUCCGCAACUCAAAUUUUCUCGAUCUUUGCAUGCUUUUGGACAUAAAUUAUUACAAUAUGAAAAAUGUUAUUUGCACACACUCAACUCAUUGUAUUAACUUAUCACUUUAUGUGGCAGUAGAUGUGAGUAAUGGUUAUAUGCUUUUUCCCAAUUAGUCAAUGCUCUACUUCAUUUCUUAUGUUUAUUAAUUAUAUUAGGCUUAAAUUUCUUUUUCUUCAGCAAACUCGUCAAUCUACUCAGAAUGUAUGUUUGUGUAUUAUCAAGUGCAGCAAACACUAGUGAAACUUGCAGAUAUAUGGGUACAGAAUGGCAUUGUGGGCAGAGCAUUUAGGACUUGUUGAAGAAUGUUUCAAUCAGCCAGAGUUUUGAAUGUGUUCAAAGGGUAAGGUCAUUGGGUGAGCAUAACUGGAGUCAAUACUAGAGCUUCUGCAGGGUCCUUGUCCAUCAUGUGUAGGAUAGAUGGCUUAAGAGAUCGAAAGACUGCUUAUCAUCUUUGCCUACAAGAGAGCUUCUGCAAGAACAAAUGAAGGUGCAUUAAAGGAAAGCAGCAGUAAUCUAUGUAGUUUAGGUCUUCCUAGCUAGAACAUUUUACAAGUACAGACAAUUCUCUAUGUUGUCCUAUCUUGAAUUAUAUGGAUUAUAGUACUGUUUCUAUGGUCAUAUAUUGAGCAUUAUUUCUGGAAGAAAGUUUAUAUGGA